UAAUUAAUUAAGAAUAGAAGGAAGACAAUCUUGUCUACUUAAAUCAAACCCUUCCUAUAAAUGGUUUAAACAAUCCAAAAAACACUUAACAACAGAAUCGUGAAGAAUGGAUUGCUGGUCUGCUGAAAAUGCUACCAAUGCCUUUCUCAAAACGCUAAAAAUGGGUGAAAGAGGAAAAGCGCCUGAUGUAACAGAGUUCAUAUCCGCCAUGGCAGCCGGAAAUAAUGCACAACUCAUGGUGAUGGCAUGCUCCGGCCACCCUGGAUCCGCCCUACUAGGAUUAGUAGCGGCGGCUCAUCAAACCGGUGGCCGGGUGAUAUGCAUAUUACGUAGACAACAAGAUAUGCAUGCAGCUAAAAAAGCAUUAUUGGGAGACUAUGCCAAUUUUGUUGAGUUUGUGAUUGGUGAAGAUGUUAAAACUUUAUUGGUAAGUAAUUAUGAAGGAGCUGAUUUUGUACUUAUUGAUUGUAAAUUGGAGGAUUUCCAAGAAGUAUUUGAAGCAGCACAACAAGGUGUUUGUACUGUUAAAGGUGCCUUUAUUGUAGGGUACAAUGCCCUAAAUGAAGGUCCUAAGCUAGGUUUUGAUCAUAAGGGUUAUUUUCUACCCAUUGGAGAAGGGUUAUUAAUUAGUAAAAUUACUGUUUCAGAAGGUAAAAAGAUUGUUGGUGGUAAGAGGAGCCACUGGGUUGUUGAGGUUGAUGAAUGCAGCGGGGAAGAACAUGUUUAUAGGGUCCGUACUUCUCCUAUUAGAUACAAGGAUUUGAAGAUGGCAGGGCACAUGAGCUGAUUGUUCAACCAGUGAUACAUACAUAAUUUUUGUGUCCGGUGACCUUGAUCUAUUGCAUAUAUAGGUCCGCCUCUGUCUCCGAAUACAAAGUACUAGAACUUUAAGGUUUAUGCGAAUUUUAGCAUCGACGAAAUUCAGUAACUUUUUUUAAUGGUGCAAUUAUCGAGGCAAGCGAAAACUUGUUACAACACAGGUAUCGGAUAACCUUGGUCGACCAAGGCCUAGGCCUAGGCGGAUUGGGAAGAAAAUCACCUACUUUAUAGUUUUAGCAUCUGAGGGGAUGUGUACAUUGUGUUCGGAUGCAUCAGCAAAUCCAGUAACUACUAUAAGUAGUAAGUACUAAGGUGUAAAUAUACUGUAUACAGCCAGUUGCAGUAGUAGCCUACUCUAGCCUUUGUAAUUAUUAAGAAGAGGUUAGAAAUUUGCUGUAGCCGUGUAUGUCUAUUUACUAGCUUUGAUUGGAUCUGUUAAAAUCUUGAUCUUUUGCCA